CUCUACGUGGGUGCCCGCGAGGCCGUGUUUGCCCUGGCCACGGGUACUGUGGAGCUCAAGGCAGCGAUCUCCUGGGAAGCCCCCACGGACAAGAAAGCUGAGUGCAUCCAGAAGGGCAAGAACAACCAGACUGACUGCUUCAACUACGUGCGCUUCCUGCAGAGCUACAACAGCUCCCACCUCUACGCCUGCGGCACCUACGCCUUCCAGCCCAAGUGCACCUACAUUGAACUCUCUGGCUUCACCCUCGACCAAGUGGCUUUCGAGGACGGCAAGGGGAAAUGUCCCUACGACCCCACCAAGGGACACACCGGCCUCAUCGUGGAUGGGGAGCUGUACUCUGCCACCUUCAACAACUUCCUGGGCACCGAGCCCGUCAUCCUCCGCAACCUGGGCCCUCACUACUCCAUGAAGACGGAGUAUCUCACCUCCUGGCUCAACGAGCCCCACUUCGUGGCAUCAGCCUACGUGCAGGAGAGCACAGCCAGCAGCACGGGGGACGAUGACAAGGUUUACUUCUUCUUCAGCGAGCGCGCGGUGGAGUACGACUGCUACGCCGAGCAGGUGGUGGCCCGUGUGGCACGGGUCUGCAAGGGGGACGUGGGAGGUGCCCGCACGCUGCAGAAGAAGUGGACCACCUUCCUGAAGGCCCGGUUGGUGUGCUCAGCCCCCGAGCAGCAGCUCCACUUCAACCGCCUCCAGGCCGUCUUCACCCUCCCAGGGGACAACUGGCAGGACACCACCUUUUUUGGGGUCUUCCAAGCCCGUUGGGGGGACGUGGAUGUCUCGGCCAUUUGUCGCUACCACAUCCUGGAGGUGAAGAAGGCGUUUGAAGGACCCUACAAGGAAUACCGGGAACAGGCGCAGAAGUGGGGCCGCUACUCGGAUGAGGUGCCCAGUCCUCGGCCUGGAGCAUGCAUCACCGACUGGCACCGCCGCAACGGCUUCGCCAGCUCCCUGGAGCUGCCCGACAACACCCUCAACUUCGCCAAGAAGCACCCACUGAUGGACGAGCCCAUCCUGCCCCAGCGUGGCCGCCCGCUGCUCCUCAAGAAAGAUGCCAACUUCACCCAGCUGGUGGUGGACAGGGUGCCCGGGCUGGAUGGCACCAUCUACGAGGUGCUCUUCAUCGGCACAGGUGAUGGGUGGGUGCACAAGGCGCUGAACUUGGGCUCUGGUGUCCACCUGGUGGAGGAGCUGCAGGUUUUUGAGCCAGCACAGCCCGUGGAGAGCCUGGUCCUGGCUGGACGGAAGAAGCUGCUCUUCGCUGGCUCCCGUUUCCAGGUGGCCCCG